UCAGGUGGCGCUUCGCUCCGUCACAUGCCAGUUGUCAAGGAAACUGUGUUGUUUGGCAACAAGAGUUUUAAGGUUAACGUGUACUUUAUAACUUUCUCCGCUUGUUCCUGUCGAAAUGUUGGAUUUUAUUAAUUAAAAUGGAUGCUAACGAUUCGUAUAUCGUCAAUAGCAGCGGUCUAAAGCUCUAUACUAAGUAUUGGGAGCCUAACGAAAAACCCAAAGCGCUCGUUUUUAUAUCUCAUGGGUACGCAGAACAUUGCCAGUACUACGAACCGUUGGCUCACGUGCUUAAUACCAUACAGUGUUUUGCAUUUGCUCACGAUCACGUCGGUCACGGACGGAGCGAGGGACCGAGAGUCACCGUAGACGCGGUGGACACUUACGUUAAGGACGUCUUCCAGCACACGGAUAUCCUACUUCAGAAAUAUCCCAAUCUGCCGAUAUUUUACGUCGGCCACUCGAUGGGUGGAACAAUUGGAAUUAAAGCUGCCAUGAAGAGACCUAACUAUUUUAAAGGCAUUGUGCUUAUUGGACCAGCAACUUGUACAAAAACUAAAGCUGCUAGUCCAUUUAAAGUGAAGUUGGCUAGAAUCUUGGGAUGGAUUUUGCCGAGUCUUCCGAUCGUUUCGCUGGAUUUCACCAUUCUGACCCGAAACGACGAUGCUAUGCAAGUGAGAAAAAACGAUCCGUUGAUGUGGCACGGUUAUGCAAAUGCCGGUUGGUGUUCUGCUAUGUUUAAUGCCAUACAGAGCAUCGAAAAUAACAUAUCGACGGUCGAAUGGCCUUUUUUGCUGAUGCACGGAGACGAUGACAAAAUCUGUGAUAUUGGUGGUUCCAAAGUAUUUUAUGAAAUGGCUCCAUCCCUUGACAAGACAUUUAAGAUCUACCCGAAGGCGUAUCACUGUCUGCUGGAAGAGCCGGAAGGUGUCAGAGAACAAGUGAAAAACGACAUCAUACAUUGGCUUAAUCAGCGAAUCAACUAACCAGAAGUAUAACUUUGUUUUGCUAUUUUAUAUUUUGUACAGUUUCUUUUGUUUAAAAAGUAGUCAUUGGUUAAAAACACUUGAGUUAAAAUUUUAUUAACAGAACAUUUAACUCUACUUUGACAAAAACACGUGUCCCACGUAUCCGCACGCCAAUCGGUAGGUGGGUUCCAAUUUUGACAUCCGUGUCAAACAGUGCACGAUUCGGAUUUUAUAGCUGAGCGGAAAUUGUUCUCGCUCUUCUCUUGGGUUUCUCUAACACAAUCCGUAUCGAUUAAUAUCAUAACCAACCUAGAUAUAUACUGUAGUAUAUAUACACAUAUAUAAAUGUACUAUGUACUUAUACAUUGUUAUACAGAUGGAAUUUAUAAAAAAAAAUUCCCAAGAUAUUUUUUGCAAUAUAUUAAUAUCAUAAAUGAGUAUUUGUAUCGAUGGAGUAUUUUGAACUGUUGUACUUAUAAAGUCUAACGUGUAAUUAAUGAAGUGGAAGAGAAUUUAUUGUCGGAAUUAUGUCCACAACUUAACAAAAACCAAAGAGUAUUUAGAAUGUUCUUUAGAUUUUAUAUAAAGUGUGUACACAUAUAUAUAUAUUAUUCAUUUAGCAAUAAUUUAAGAUUGUUAAGGUAUUUGUGUGCUAAGUCUGUAUGACUACAGAAUCCCCAGUUGGAACAAUUUGCAAACAAAGCUGUAGACACUCUACAGUACUCAUUACAUCUGUUUGUUUGGAUAAAGUUUAAGUCGGGAGUUUAAAAAUGAAAUUAUAUACAGGGAGGCCCAAAAGUCAGUUAACCCAGACAUUUUAAUAGAAGCUACAACUAGUUUAGAACACCUGCAUGUUGUUUGCUUAUAAUUUAAUUGCUUUUUAAGAAUAAUUGAAUUAUGAAUUAAACUCAAGUAAUUUUAAUAUGCAAGCUCUAGUAAUAUUCUACAAAUUAAAUGCUCAGUCCUUAUCUAAUUUUGAUCUUUAACUUCUAAAGAUUUAUCCUCUUCAAAGCAUUUCCCCUACAAAAUAUGUUUGUUUGUUGUCACUCCCUCUAGUCCGCCCUCAGCUAGUCCAUCACUCCGGUUAAUCCAACUGUGGUCGGAGUCGAGAAACUUGUCCCGACUCGUCAGUGACUCACCGUCCGUGGUGUUCUUCUGUGUUCGUUAUAGUAUAUGUUUUACAUUGUGUGUGUUUUCAACAUGCCAGGAGUGAAACG